CGACGAGACAACGGACAGCCUCCCCCUCUCUUCUCUCCUUUCUGCCAUCUUAACCAAAAAUCCCUCUGCACUUUCCCCGCACUCUGUUUUGUGUUGAUAUUCCUUUUUGUUACUCUUCAAUUUUCUCCACCCAAAGUUUCUCCCUCUCUUUUUUGACCCUGUUAAAUUGUGUUCGCUGGAUACUUUAAUACCAGAAUAGUGGUACCGUACGGGGUCAUCGCCAAAGAGCUCCGGUGUCUUUAUUUUUUCUCCCUUUUUCUGGCAAAAGGACUGUCUCGAACUGUGAAGGGGGUUGAGAGCUGACGACCUUUGGAGCUAUUCAUAAUGGCCCCUAGAGGAAGAUCUAGGAAGUCCCGGGAUACGAGGAUGGACGCAGCCGUUGAUGCCAUGACGAAAAACUAUGGGUUUCCUGAGGAAAUUGUGAAGAGGGUAGCAAAAGAGCUGCUCAAAGAGUAUGAGGGAGAUCAAGGAGAUGAGGGCUGGUUUUUCAUCGAGGACUGCUCUUACCAAGUAUUGGUUGACGCGCUUUUGCUGGAUCAAGAGCUAAAUGAUCGGCACGAUGCUCCUCCUAAUCAGAAAGAGGAUGCUUUGCCACAGAAUAUCUCUUUGCAAGAUGAAAGGGCUGCAGAACAUGCUUUAGCAGAGCCCUCUGGUGUAGUUUCGGAAGCCAAUUGCUCUAAGGUUGUUGAGAAUAAAUUGGAGGCAAACACCAAAGAAGAUGCAGACCGGCUUCCAUCCAGUGGCAGGGACGGAAAAGGCUGGAAAGACAUUGGCUUGGAUCAGUCUUCAAGUGAGAAAGGGAGGGCUGCUGGCAUUUCUGACAACGAUGAGAUAGGUGGCUCCAGUCAGGAUUGUGCAAAUAGUGUAAUACUCACCCCUCCGUCUCUGACUCCUACAACACCAGGAGGUAGUAGUGUUUCAAGCCCACCUGAAAACUGUCCAGUGCUCUCUCCUUUUCCUAAGAUCUCACCUCCAAAUGUUAAGCGCGUUCAGAGCAAAAGGCGUCAGCCAUGUAAUGGAUGGAUAUUUGAGAGUGAUGAAGAGGAGGAUGAGGAUAUGAUAGACCUAAAACCGGCUAUAGAGUGGGAAGAUUUGAGUUGGGGAACUGUUAAGAAGGCAAAGCGAAGCUCAAGAUGGGACUUGAGACCUGAGGAUAUCUGAGUCUCGCUGUACCUCCCUCCGUGUGUUGUUUCAUGGUUUCCCUGUGCUACUGUUAUUUAAGAGGUGCAUCUGAUAUAUCAAACCUUCUUUUUUUUUAUAUAUGUUUUAUUCCUCUUUACUUUUAGGAAGAGAUGACAAAAGGGGGAGGGUGAAUGCCGCUGAGAUUCAUUCUUGAUUAACCAUGCAAGCUAGUUUACAUUAUUUCUCACCUCAAACCUUCAUGUUGGGUAACGAAGUUUAGGAAAGUAUAAGUUCCCUUUGCUAAUAUUAUGCAUGUUUGUAAAGGUUGUAAAAACCUUUUGAUCGUUGAUGUUUCUGUUUCUUAAUUUAGUCUCUCUCUCUCUCUCCCUCUCUUUCUAUAUAUAUGUGUGUGUGUGUAUCUGUUCAUGCUAGAAAAAGUUGCCUAUGAUUGGAUGAAAUGGCUAGCAGAAGGGCAGGAGAUUGCUGUCCAUUAGACCUACUAGUGCAAAUGGCAGUUUUAAGCUGUAGCGCAAAUGCACUGCGCUUCUUAAUCACUGCAUGUGAAAGGUAACUAACUAACUGUUCUUUGUCUGUUUUCUACCCUCCUUGCGAUGUUUGAAUCAUCUCUGCUAUUGCUCGGUGGCUUUAUUUACUUCUCUUAAUUACUAGUAGUCUUUAUUGUUUUGUUUCACGAGUUGGAAAGUUCAGUAUUCUUUAUCUUCAUUUGUUGAAGUUAUAUGGUAGAAAUUAUCUUCAUCAGUUUAAUGUCAAUUGGUUCGUUUUUGCAGUCUGCAAACUCUCUUUCUGCUCUCUCUUCCACGUCCGAGUCCUCUGUCUCUCUGAUGGAUGUAGAGAAUUAGAAAAGGUGAAUCACCAAAUAUUGAACUUGUGUUCUGCCCUUCUCUUGCAGCAUAAGACUUGGGCAUGCAUCCACUCAAUUCAUUCUCUGCACGUACUCUGCAAUUUUCUUUUUU